AAAGGUCCUCAAGCCACCACAAGGUCCUUUAUAAAAGAAUAUAAGACAGUUAAAGUAAACAAGACAUUUUGGACAGACGUCAUUCAUCAAACACACUUUACUCAAUAAUAUAUUCAGAUGACCACCGCAGCUUUAACAAUAAAACAAUGUAAAACAAUAUGAAACAUUACAUCACACUGAGGAAACAGUUUUGAUGUAAUACUUCACUGUUAUCCUUGGUUCUGUAAUGCAAGGUCAGACAGAGGGGAAAUUAUUUUUUUGAAUUAAGUGUGUACACUGGCUAUAUACAACUCUAGAAAUGCAGGAUGUUUUUAGGGUUAGGAGAAAAAAAACUAUACAGUGUAACACUAUAACAGCCUUAAAAACCAUAUAGAAAGGCUGCACAAAAAAAGAAGGUAUUGAGAAAAAAAAAAUUUUAACUUGAAUUUUGGGAGCAUACAUAGUUUUUAUGGAGUGUAUAAUGCGUUUGGGAUGUGCCCUGAGCUCGCCGCAGUGCUUUAUGGGGAUUGUAGUGUCUGAACGUUAAGGAAACGUUGCAGUGACGUUGCGGUAACGUGACAUAACGUUAGCGAGCUAGAGGCAGUUUGACAAGCACUUCCGCCUGUUUUCUUCGCAAGUCUUUUGUCUUAUGUGUUUACCACAAAGAAGAGUUUUUUGGCGUUGUAAAGUCGCGGUUUGUGUACUAGGUAGCGCGGGUGAGUAGAGCGAUGGAAGGUGGUCGCGGGAAGAGCUCGAGCUGGGCGAUGGAGCGGCGGGUGGAGGGGCUCGUGAACAGACACAUGGCAGACAUGGCACUGGAGACACUUCAGCAGCGACUCUCCGCCGUGUCCCAGGAAAUGAACCAUCUGUCUGCUGAAAUAUCCAGACGAGAGGACUCGAAGCGCGUGGAGGAGGAUUUACCGCGUCGGAGUGACACACAUUUCCUCACAGCCUCGCUCCCGGAGGCUUACAGCGAAGAACUAGCGGAGGAAAAAAAGUUGAUGCCAAACACAUCCUCAUCAUCCUCAUCCUCAGCAGAAACUGCAGCUCAAAGAAAAAUCAUAUCACUCCUGCUGGAGAUAAAAGAAGAACAACAAAGGCAGUGGGCCGUGCUGAAAGACCUGCAGGCCAUGAUUCAAGGACACAUGUGUGAGGAGGAUGUUGAAUCUCUGGAUAUAGAUCUACCACUACAGACAAUGGAACAGCUUGAUGAAACAGAGAGGUAUUUGGAGGAUGAUGGGGCACAGAAGAGAAUGGUGUCUCACCUUUCCCGGAUGGGUGGUGCUACAGUGGACGAUGCAGUUAGACGCCUGAUGCAGGCAGUUUUGUCUUUUAGCGUUGGUUCAGAACUGAACUGGGUCGGUCGAGGACAAAAAAGAAGCUUCAGAAAUACCAGACUGCAAGGAGUUUUGUUUCGUGCGUUAAAGAAGACUCCUGUAGGAAAGGAGGCCACACACCAUCAGUUUGCAGAUGUUGUAAAGAAGUGGCUGCGGUUUGCACCAUUCAGACAAGGAGGCAGCGGUCGGAGACAACAUUACAAACCUCCUGUAGAGUUUAUGUGCACCAAGUUUCAUACUGAUACGGAAGGGUGACAACAGUGUAUUAUUGCUUUCAAUCCUGUUUUAACAUAGUUAAAGUAAAAUUCCAAUUUAAAAAUCAUGUUUCCAUGUGAAAGCAUGUUUGGAUUAUCUGAAUCAUGCAUUAUACAGCAUUUAAUCUGUUUAAUGAACGUUAUGUAUCAUUAUUUACAUAACUAGUAUUAUUUAUUACUAUUUUGUAUUAGUUUAAAGACUAGCAUUUUGGCUUUCCAAGUGUUAGUUGCCUGUGUUCCUUUAAGGAAAAACAAUGUAAUGAAAUUCAUGAGUUUGUGACUUAAAAUGUUGAUAUGCUUGUCCAGAUGUCUGCAGAUUAUAAGUGCCUUUCUGAAAAUAGACUUUUGAUUCUGUCCAGUGCAUCUUGGUAUUUAAAUGAUGUCAGAAGAGUGAAGUAGACCCAGACAACAUAAAGCAAUCUGUUAUUUAUAUAAUUCAAACCUCUGAAUGAACAGAUAUUGAGCCUCUG